AUGUUAGACAAUUAUAGCACGUCUUUAUGUAAGCAACAACUCGCACAACAUCUUCUAUGUUUAUUGUCCAACUCAAAUUAUAAUUCGAGUUAUUUUCCUAUUUCAGUAAACAAUGGUGCAUUUAAAAAACUCAAACAACCACCCAUUAAUCUCGUUCAAAAUUCCAUGCAAUGUGAAUCACAACAUUCAAAUGUUUAUAAUGGACGAUUACAAUUUCCAACGUCAGUAGCGCGUCGACGACAUCGAACAACAUUCACACAAGAACAAUUAGCUGAACUAGAAGCCGCAUUUGCCAAAAGUCACUAUCCCGAUAUCUAUUGUCGAGAAGAAUUGGCCAGAGUAACAAAAUUGAAUGAAGCUAGAAUUCAAGUUUGGUUCCAAAAUCGUCGUGCCAAACAUAGAAAACAAGAAAAACAAGCACAUACACCAUUUACACGAGAAUUAUCAUCAAACUCAAUGAAAAAUUUUACAAAUUCUUUUAAUGAUGUAUUCAGUAUGGUUAAUGGAAGAUCAUCACAAAUAAUGAAUACAUCAUAUCCAUCAUUUUCAUCCGCCGGUACUGUUGUAUCAGAAUUUCAUCCACGUCAUGACAAUCACAAUUUAUUAGUCGAUGAACUUUGGUAUAAUAAAAAUAUGCGUAUGGAUAAUUUUUCUUCUGUCUUGAUGCAUCAUUAUAAUAACAACAACAAUAUUUAG